AUGCCCCGUCCCCGAGUCUGCCGCCCCAUCCCCAUCGCCACCUGCCUCCAUGCUGUUGUCCCGAGUCCACUGUCCUCGUCCCCGUUGCUGCCUGCCUCCACAACGCCGUCCCUGAGUCCGCCGCCCCGUCCCCGUCACAGCCUGCCUCCACGCCACCAUCCCCAAGUCUGUCGCCCCAUCCCCAUCGCCACCUACCUCCACUCCGCCAUCCCCGAGGCCGACUUCCUUCAUGCCACCAUCCCCGUUGCCACUGCCCCCAAGGCUGCCGUCUCGUCCCUGUCGCCUUCAUACCUGAGGCCGCUGUCGACCGUGGAGGAGGACCAAACAAACGCCAGUGGAGACGAUGAGAUGCCUAAUGCUCCGGAGGGUCACGGCAAUGAUCAAUCCCAGAAGUGGCAUCAUGUCUGA